CGCCCGCCGCCCCUCCGCGCUCCAAGUGGGUGCACUGCCUGAAAGUUAAAAAAAAGCUGCAAAACACCCCAAACCCCCUCGGACGCGGCCGGAGGGGGACGGUGGCGGUGAGGCGGGAGCGAGUGUCUCGGGGAGCAUUUUCAGAGAUUGCCCAGGGAAGGAAAAUCUCUCGUUGGUUCCCUGUUUGUGAAUCUGCUGAAAAGCAGCACAGCUUGACAUCUGAAGCUCAUGAAAGCAGCGGCCCUCACAGUAUACUGAGCCAGCACCAUCAGCAUUCCUUACACUGACUACAAGGAUGAGAGGAUGUCCGGGAUGUCUUCAGGGGGAGUAGCAGUAACCAUGAAGAGCAAUAAGGAUAUAGUGGGAAAGCCCAGCAGCAAAGAGUGAAGACUUUGGACAAGUGACCUUCCUAAUGCCUAGAUGAAACUGCCCUGCAGGCCUGGUAGUGCAGCAUGAUUAGGAUGAGGAGGAAGAUACUUUGGGCAUCUUGCUUCUGCUUUGCAGCUGCCUUUUUCCUUGUGCUGACACUCCAGGUUAUAACUGAACUGGGCAAUUCAGAGAAUAAGGUGUCAAUAAUCUCCAGUUUACACAGCAGCCCAUUAAAGCCUGGGGAGAGACAGGCUUUUCAGUUGAAGAAGCAGGAACUUCACAGCAGCUUCAAGACAGAGUCUGAUGUAAAUCACUAUCCUGUCCUGCUCUGGUGGUCUCCCCUGACGGGAGAGACAGGGAGAUUCAGUCAGUGUGGAGAGGAUGUUUGCUUCUUUACUAUAAACAAGACCUACCAGCACAAUCAGAUGACAAGAGCAUUUCUGUUCUAUGGUACUGACUUCAGUAUAGACAGUUUACCUCUCCCUCGUAAAGAAUAUCAUGAUUGGGCCCUUUUCCAUGAAGAGUCACCAAAAAACAACUACAAACUAUUCCAUGAAGCAGCCAUCACCUUAUUCAACCAUACUGCAACAUUUAGCCGCCACUCUCACCUGCCACUGACCACACAGUAUCUUGAGGGUGUAGAGGUCCUGAAGUCAUUGAGGUUCAUGAUCCCCCUGCAGAUGAAAAACAGCCUGAGGAAAAGGCUUGCACCCCUUGUGUACGUGCAGUCUGACUGCAACCCCCCUUCUGACCGGGACAGCUAUGUGCGUGAGCUGAUGUGCCACAUUGAAGUAGACUCUUAUGGGGAAUGUUUGCAUAACAGAGACCUCCCCCAGCAUCUCAGAAAUCCAGCUGCCAUGGAUGAUGGAAAUUUCUUAAAAAUACUGGCACAGUACAAGUUCAUUCUUGCUUUUGAAAAUGCUAUCUGUGAAGAUUACAUCACUGAAAAACUCUGGCGGCCACUGAAGUUGGGAGUGGUGCCAGUGUACUUUGGGUCUCCCAGCAUUGUAGACUGGCUUCCUAGUAACAAGAGUGCAAUCCUGGUAUCCAGUUUUUCACACCCUCGGGAUCUAGCCCACUAUAUCAAAACACUGGAUACCAAUGAUGAAGAAUAUGAGUCCUACCUACAGUGGAAACUGAAAGGGGACAUUUCCAACCCAAGACUGCUUAGAACAAUGAAGGAACGCAAGUGGGGAGUGCAAGAUAUCACCCAGGACAAUUACAUUGACACCUUUGAGUGCAUGGUUUGUAACAGAGUGUGGGAAAACAUCAGACGGAAAGAAAAGGGAUGGUUACCCCAGAAGUGGGAGGCUCAGGUUAAUCAUCUGAGCUGCCCCAAACCAGAGGCAUUCUGGUUCUCAUCGUCAAACCCUGGCUGGAUUUCUCUCCAAAAGAUGUGGAUACCAAGCUUUGAGCAAUCCAAGAAAGAAGCCUGGGCACUGAGGCACCUGGUGGAAAGGAACAAGAAUUUUACAGCUGAAGAAUUUUGGAUGCUUGUAUUCAAAGAAUAAACACAACAGACCUGUAAAACAGAG